GCAGGAGGAGCAGGAGGAGCAGGAGGAGCAGGAGGAGCAGGAGGAGCAGAUCGGGUCCUGGUCCCCUCCUGCUGGCAGUGUGGGGACAGGAGGUGGACCGAGCGAUGGGGGACGUGGAGGACGUGCGAGCGUCUCAGGCGGUCCGUCUCUUUGAGACCCUGGUGCAGGCGUCCAGCUGCAGGGGGACGCUGCAGGCCUUCAGCACCCUGUGCAGACAGCUGGACCUGGACCCGCUGGACCACCACAACUUCUACGGCCACCUGAAGGACGCCGUCCGGUCCUGGAAGGUCCAGGCUCUGUGGACCAAACUGGACAAGAGGGCCCAGAACAAGGUCUACGGCCAGAACGGCGCCUGCAGCGGAACCCGGGUCCUGGUGGUGGGCGGGGGUCCGUGCGGCCUGCGCACCGCCAUCGAGCUGCGCCUGCUGGGCUGUAAGGUGGUUCUGAUCGAGAAGCGGGACACGUUCUCCAGGAACAACGUUCUGCACCUGUGGCCCUUCGCCAUCCACGACCUGCGGGGCCUCGGGGCCAAACACUUCUACGGGAAGUUCUGCGCCGGAUCCAUCGACCACAUCAGUAUCCGCCAGCUGCAGCUGAUGCUGCUGAAGGUCAGCCUGAUCCUGGGGGUCGAAGUUCACGUCAACGUGGAGUUCGUCAAGCUGCUGGAACCCAGCGAGGAACCGGACGCUCCGGGCUGGAGAGCUCUUGUCCUUCCUUCGUCUCACUCCGUCUCUGAGUUUGAGUUUGACGUCGUGAUCGGAGCCGACGGACGGAGGAACACUCUGGAGGGGUUCUCCAGGAAGGAGUUCCGGGGGAAGCUGGCCAUCGCCAUCACGGCCAACUUCGUGAACCGGAACAGCGCGGCGGAGGCGUCGGUGGAGGAGAUCAGCGGCGUGGCCUUCAUCUUCAACCAGCGCUUCUUCCUGGAGCUGCGGGACGAGACGGGAAUCGACCUGGAGAACAUCGUUUACUACAAAGACCAAACUCACUACUUCGUCAUGACGGCAAAGAAACACAGUCUGCUGGAGAAGGGAGUGCUGCUGAGAGACUUCCCGGAGACGGAGCGGCUGCUGAGCCCGGAGAACGUUUCCCAGGAUGCCUUGCGGUCGUUCGCCCGGCAGGCGGCGGACUUCGGGACCGGGUACCAGCUGCCGGCGCUGGACUUCGCCGUGGACCAGCAGGGCCGGCCCGACGUGGCCGUCUUCGACUUCACCUGCAUGCACGCCGCGGAGAGCGCCGCGCUGAUCCGGCGGCGCCGCGGCCGCCGCCUGCUGGCGGCGCUGGUGGGAGACAGCCUGCUGGAGCCCUUCUGGCCCAUGGGCACCGGCUGCGCCCGCGGCUUCCUGGCGGCGUUCGACACGGCGUGGAUGAUCCGAGGCUGGAGGGCCGGCCGGGCCGAGCUGGAGCUGCUGGCCGAGAGGGAGAGCCUGUACCGCCUGCUGCCUCAGACCACCUCGGAGAACAUCAGUAAGAACUUUGAGCAGUACAGCAUCGACCCGGCAACCCGCUACCCCAACCUCAACUCCUGCUGCGUGCGCCCCCACCAGGUUCGCCACCUCUUAAUUGACGGUCUGCAGGACUCUGGAGUUGUGGACCGAAGAGGACCCGCCAGUCUGUCCAGGAGAGACCCGGCGGUCCGACCCGGUCUGCUGCUGGCCUGGUGCCAGAGACAGACCCAGGGCUACAGGGGGGUCCGGGUCCGGGACCUGAGCCGGUCCUGGAGGAGCGGCCUGGCUCUGUGCGCCCUGAUCCACCGCCAGAGACCCGGGCUCAUUGACUUCGACGCGCUGACGGAGGACGACCCGGCGGGGAACGUCCAGCUGGCACUGGAUCUGGCCCAGCGGGAGUUCGGCGUCCAGCCGGUCACCACGGGGGCGGAGCUAACGGCGGGGGCGGAGCCAGACAAGCUGCUCAUGGUCUUCUACCUGACCAGGCUCUACCAGGCCUUCAGGGAUCCCAGGGACCCCCCGGGAGACAUUUCAGGAUCUAAAGAAGACGAGAACAGUGACGACGUUCCGUCUGGAACGGAGAACCGAGCAGAGAACCUGCCUCAGAUGAGGAAGAGGAUCCCCCAGCUGGAAAAGAAACUCGGAGGAAGAUUUCAAACCUGAUCGACCUGCUGCAACUCUUCUGUCCACAAGGGGGCUCUGCACCACGUGAUGCAGAGUCCUGCACGGUCUUACCGCAAAAACAGCUGAUUUGCGGGUGGUUUUUAAAAUCUUUUUUUUCUCGGGUUCGGAUCUGGGUGGGAACAACAGCUUGCGGGUCGGGUCGCGGGUUGUAGAUUGACUCAUGAGAAUCAAUCUAAAAUAAUAAUAAAUAAAAUCAAACCGUCGUGACGUGACCCGUCUGCUGCGACCGUCUGCAGCUCCGCCGCUCUGCUGCUUCCGUUCCCGGGCUUCAGUCAGUUGAGCAAAGUGCAGAAAACUGUCGUGGUCAUUAUUUACUCUCUGAGGGUCGCUUCCUGCCACAGUCAUUGGCUCAGCUGUUUCAUCGCGUUUCACCAUCUAGUAACACAGUUUGUGAUUGGACGAGAGCAUGAAACGGUCUGCCGCCGUCUGACAGGCGCCACUUCCAAACAGUUACUAGCUAUUUAGAUAUUUGAGAAAUAAAAUGAUGAAACGUAGAACUGUCACUUUGUAAAGUUCCUGAAGUGUUCAGACAUCACCGUGUUUCCCUGGUGGAUUACUUUUCUCCUCCAUGGAUUCUAAACAUGUCACGGCUCGUAGCUGCUGAACGACGGAAAGUACGUCUGUUACACACUAAAGUUCCCUUUAAGAGAUUAAAAGUUUAAAAGCAUUAAACGUAACAAACGAGUGUUUUUCCAGUUGUGUGGCAGAAGAACAGCAGGGGGGAUGAUUCAGGACUGAAGUCAGGCUGUUGUUGGAGGAGCUGCUUCCUUCAGGUGUUGUUUAGUCGCUGGCAGCUGAACUGUGGCGAAGUGCUGCAUGAUGCAGACACUGUGGCCCAACAUGAGGGCUUUAAA